AUGGUAGAAAUAACAAUCCAAAAGCGGUCGAGGAGUGACGCAGCUGAGACACAGAGGAAGUUUUUCAGGAAGACGGCAAAAGGGAAGGUCCUUAAAGUGUUAAGAGAGAGAUAUCUACGGGAUGAUGUUUCUUGUGGCAUCGAGGGAUGUUCAGCGUGCUCGCUCCUUGUUUCCUCCUCAAGCUUUACCUCGUCGACCAGCCCAGCCCUGCUCCCUUUCUACGGUAUCACGGUCCUCGAGCACAGAUCAUUCGGUAACAAACACUUCGUGCUGCCCGACACGAAUGUGUUCCUGCACCAGAUGGAUCUCUUCGAGUCGUCACUUUUUACCCCGCCAGUUGUGCUCCUUCAGACCGUGUUGGAGGAAGUAAGGCAUCGAUCGCUGCCACUUUAUGCGAGGCUGCAGGCCCUAAUCAAGAUGGGAGAAGGAGCGGCAGACGGUCAGGGCGGAAAAAGGAUUUGGGUGUUUUACAAUGAGUUCCGGAGAGAGACCGCUGUCAUAAGAGAAAAUAAUGAAUCACCGAACGAUAGGAAUGACCGGAGUAUUCGUAGAGGAGCAGCAUGGUAUAAUGAACAUAUUGCACAAACGCACCUCCAACGGCGUUCACAGAAGUCGGCAGAACUUCCUUUUGUCAUACUGUUCUCGGAUGAUGCAGAGAAUAGAAGAAGGGCGGAGGCGGAGGGCGUUAUAUGCGCGUCAGUGCGACAGUACGUUGAAGGCAUGAAAGAUGCAGAUCGGUUACUCGAUUUGCUCUCCGCUGCUGGAGAGACGGUAAUCGAACCAACGACAUCCGCAGCAGCAAGGAGAGGUCCACUUUAUCCAGAGUAUUUGCUACAAUCUACGCUCCAAGCCGGUAUUCGAACUGGUGAUCUGCACCAAGGGCACUUCAAUCCCGACCCGUUCAAUUACCUCGAAGGGAACGUAUCUGUACCUGCAUUCACCAAACCCGUCCUGUUGAUUGGGAGGGAGAACAUGAACAGGGCAGUUCAAGGUGAUGUGGUUGUCGUGGAAGUAUUUGAUGAGAAGGAUUGGAAGGCACCCGCAGAUGCCGUCGUCGACCAAGAAUCAACUCUACGGAAUGAUGACCCAGACGAAUCUGAGGAAGAAGAAGACGUGGAUGCAGCACUUGCAGAGGAACAGGAACGCAAAAUGCUUUCUCGUGAGGCCAAAGGAUCCCAAACCAAACCAUCGGCCGAAAAGCAGCCCACAGGACGCAUCGUCGGGAUCAUCAAACGUAAUUGGCGUGCAUUUGUCUGCCACAUUGAUCGUGCCUCUCUCGCUUCCGAUGCUUCAACGUCUCUUUCCCUCCAAUCUGUCUUCGCACAGCCGGUUUCUCGAGCACUUCCGCGCAUUCGCAUGCGAACGCGUCAGGCACCUUCGUUACUUGGGCAGAAGAUCCUCGUGUCUAUUGAUAGAUGGGACGUCAAUUCAAGAUAUCCCGAAGGUCAUUUUGUGCGUGCAUUGGGUGCAGCGGAGAGUAAAGAAGCGGAGCAGGAGAGUUUAUUGUUAGAAUACGAGGUGCCCUAUCGGCCAUUUGGAAAAGCCAUUUUAGAUUGCUUGCCGAAGGAAGGUGACAGUUGGGUCGUUCCUCCGAAGGACAUUUCGUCUCCGGAGUGGAGGGAUAGAGAAGACUUGAGGAACUUCGUCAUUUGCAGCAUCGAUCCUCCCGGGUGUCAGGAUAUUGACGAUGCACUCCAUGCCCGGCAGCUGCCAAAUGGCAACAUCGAAGCUGGCGUCCAUAUCGCCGACGUCUCGCAUUUCGUACUUCCUGACAAUCCGAUGGACCACGAGGCUGCUUCACGGGGGACGACGGUAUAUCUCGUUGACAAGCGUAUUGACAUGCUUCCGUCUCUCUUAGGGACAAAUUUGUGUUCUUUGAGGCCUUUCGUUGAAAGGUUGGCCUUCUCGGUCAUCUGGGAAAUAACCUCGGAAGCCGAGAUCGUAAAUGUUCGAUUCUCGAAGUCUGUUAUUGCAUCUAAAGCUGCCUUCACGUACGAGGAGGCGCAAUUGCGAAAGGAUGAUCCACAUCAGCAAGACGAGUUAACAAGUAGUAUCCGGCUCCUAAAUAGCCUUGCGCGCAAGCUUAGAGCGGGACGAAUGGCAGCGGGAGCACUCAAUCUCGCAUCUCCGGAGGUCAAGAUUCACUUAGACAGCUCUGAAUCGUCCGACCCGAUCGACGUGGAACAAAAGGAACUUCAUGAGACAAAUAGUCUCGUCGAGGAGUUCAUGUUACUUGCGAAUAUCAGUGUCGCAAAGAGAAUUCAAGAGACGUUCCCGCAGACGGCUGUUCUUAGACGGCAUUUGCCACCACCGCAUACGAAUUUCGAGAAGUUGCAGGAUAUCUUGAAGAAACGGAAAAACAUGACGCUCGAUGUUUCGAGUUCCGGAGCGCUUGCGGCAUCCUUGGAUAAAUGCAUCGAUUCAAAUGAGCCCGCUUUUAACACUCUUGUUCGCAUUAUGGCCACCAGGUGUAUGCUUUCUGCAGAGUACUUCUGUUCAGGCAGUGUAGCUCGGGAUACUUUCGCGCAUUACGGACUUGCUAGUCCUAUAUAUACACAUUUCACCAGUCCGAUUCGGCGAUAUGCAGAUGUGCUUGCUCACCGUCAACUUGCUGCGGCGAUUAACUAUGCGCCAUUGCAUGCGUCAUUGCACUCAAAGUCUAUCGUUGAGCGUAUACUCAAUGUUGUGAACCAUCGACACCGUAUGGCGCAAAUGGCAGGUCGUGCAAGCGUGCAAUUCUACGUCGGACUUGCAUUAAAAGCGCGUGGAAUGCGUGACGGGAAAGAGGUAGAAGUGAGCGAAGAAGCGUUCGUAAUUCGGACAUUCCGCAAUGGUUUGGGUGUUUUUGUUUCAAAACUCGGUCUUGAAGGCCUCGUAAUGUUCAAACGCGAGACCUCCUUUGAUGCAGAAAAGUACACCGUCACAAUCCCGCAUUCCGGGAAAGAUGGAAAGGAUGUCACAAUCUCCGUAUUUGACAAAGUCGUUGUACGAAUUUCUGUCGAGAAGGAUAAAAAUACGCAGCGUGGUGGUGUUAAAAUGACCUUGAUGGAGCCAGUGGAUUCGUCGGGUUUAUGA